UUCAAGCCAUGAGAGACGACAAUCAACGAUCCAAACUCCAAGCAGUGGCAAUAGUUUUCUUGUUGGUUUUACAGCUCUGCCUAGCCCUGCCCUAUGGUUCUUCUUCGGGUAAUGACAUAGACAUCGAUGGGAACUACCAAAACUCAGCAGGCGGACGACCAGUGGAUUAUCACACAGUUGUGGGCCACUUCAAGGACUUUUUCAUGUACCUGCCCGUCAUGAUGACCACGCUGAAGGAGACCAUGUCCGGAUUCCCCAAAUUCGCCGAGGGAGUACGCAUCCUGACGUCCGGCAAAGGACGAGUCGAUGGCGAGGACUGCAAGUGCAGCUCGAAUGGACUGACAAGCGGUGAACUUUCGGACAUUAACACUAGUAGUCGAUUCGGUUGACCCGAAUUGGGAGCAGAGUCACCACCACUGUAGAUACUGUACAUAUGCCACACCACUAAUAAACUGGAAAUCUUUAAAAACAA